AUGCUGGCCGUCGAUGUCUUGUCAGGCGUCAGUACAUCCUUUGUCCAUCCUCAACAGGAUCACAUAUACCACUACCAGAUUCAGAUGGCCACCAUGUACGCCUUCGCCGACGCCGGCUCCACCGCCAUCGAGAAGGGCCGCGCGGCUGUGCUCGCACAGAAAAGACUCAGCAUCAACCGGCUGAAAAGAGACUUCGCGUCCGUCGCCUUCGCUGUGCAACACGUGUCCAUAUUGGACGGGGUGUUCGAAGCCAGGCGCCACCUCCGCUCACACCAGGAAACUGGUCGCCCCACCGCCCACAUCUCUCCUGCCCUGGGCGCCGGAUCUAGCCCGAGCUCGUCGGGAAAGCAACUGGAGGCGAAGCAAUCGGCGGCGGUUGGCAUGGUUUCCUGUGAAGAGAAGGAGAAGGAGCCAGGUCCCAAUCCCCACCUCACCGCCGAUGUGCGCCUCGCCGGAGAUUCCCAAGCCCCGGGCGCUUCCUGCCGCCGGAUCGAUUCCCUCGCAGGCGAGGCCAUUAGGAAGACCUCAGGAACUUGUAUGAUGGAGGCUGCAAUGUAUCGCCAUUGGUCAGAUCUUCAGCCGGAACUCCUGGGCCUUGUUCUCAAGUACCUCCCCUCCCUGUCUGACCGUGUUCGUCUAAGAGCAGUCUGUCGCACCUGGCGCUCUAAUAGUAUGUUGCAGCCCCUUCCUCUGCCAUUCCCGUGGCUCACCCUCCCAGACGGUACUUUCCUCAGCAUUCCAGGUAGUGAAAUUCACCGCAUACCUGUACCAGAAGGUGCUUGUUGCCAAGGCUCCAUUGACAACUGGCUAUUCCUCAUUAACAAUGCUAAUAUGUGCUCAUUGAUGAAUCCUUUCUCCAAGACCGCACUGGAGCUUCCUAAUCUAGUGGCUGUUUGGGAGCGUGAGAUACGUUACCACUCUGACCGUAAACCAAUUUUCUAUAAGUUGGUGGUGCCCUCUCCCCUGGACUCGUCACCUCAUUCCCCUGUCGUUGCACUAAUCAUGGACGAUGGUUGUUUCCAUACACUUUGUAUUAGCCAGCCACCAAUUGCUACUGCCUCGCUCAGAGAUAAUAAGGAUCCACGAUUGUUCCUUAGUGAUGUCGUAUUCUUCAACGGGAAGUUAUACGCAUGGGGUCGCUUCGGGCAGCUAUUCAUCAUUGAUUUGGGCAAUGACCGUACCAUUUCAUCCAUCAGCUGCAUAAUUGACUCUUUGGGUGAUAUAGGUGGAACACCGCAACAUUUGUCCAUAGCAGAGGAGUACAUGGUAAAACCAUAUCUUGUUGAAUGUGGUGGUAAACUGUUGCUGGUGGCAAGAUGGUUUCGCUGCACGCCAAGUUCGACAAGCUACGAUGUCUUUGAACAUAAAUGUACUGCCGCAUUUCAGGUCUUUGAGGCAGACCUGCACACCAGCCCCGGUCGAUGGAGAAAGGCCACUGAGUUGGGUGGCCAUGCGCUCUUUCUUGGCCAACAUGGCUCCAAGUGCCUGCCUGCUGUGGGAUGCAGUGGAUACGACGAGGAUUGCAUCUACUUCAUGUGUGACUAUGUCUGGCCGACCUCUUCUGCAAAUCCUCUUUGCGACUCUGGUGUGUACAGCAUGAGGGACGGCACAAUCACGCCGUUGAUGUCAGAGGCAGCAGCAGCACCGCUGCAGCGUGUUGGACAGUGGCGGCCCACAUGGUUCUUCCCUCCUGAAGCUGUGUGAUCAACCCACCAGGUUUUCUUCUGUUCUGUUGCGUUGGAGGUUCGGUUCUCGCAUAUAUAUAUGCCUCACUUGUUCUGCUGGAGCUCUGUCAUCCCACCCAGCCUGGGUGCUUCUCAUGACUUUUACCAUAGCGAUCUGCUACUGUGUUUUAUCUUUA